AAAGGUUAAUUCCGGGUCACUGCGCAACAGGAAGAUGGAGGAUAAUUCAUAACAUUACCCAGUGCAGAUUUUUUGGUUUGAGCUGCACUGGACUUUUUCGUAAUUUUCGAAAAAUGUAACCCUAACUAAACAGUUUUUAAGAAAAUAAAAGUCGAGAAACGUUAAAGGAAUGGGUAAAUUGAAGUGUUUUGAAAUUAUUCUGUCUGGAAGUAAGACCGUUUAUCAUCCAGGCGAACGAGUGCAAGGAAUUGUUGUAGUGGAACUGAAGGGCGACAUGAAGAUGCGAUCUCUUCGAAUUUUUAUGAAAGGCGUUGCUAAAGUACACUGGACGGAAUCAAGAAGUACAGGCAGCAGACUUGGUUCUUACACAGAACACUAUAAUGCAGAAGUGGAGUAUUUUUUUAAACGACAAGUUUUAUUUGGAGGAGAAGUGGCUGAUGGUAGAGACACAUUAUCUGAUGGACAUCAUGAAUUAAACUUUUCAUUUGAUUUGCCAAUGGGUGGCAUAUCAACAAGUUUUGAAGGAAAACAUGGCAGCAUACGAUAUUGGUUGAAAGCUGAAAUGGAUAAACCAUGGUCAUUCAACCAUAAAACCAAAAAAGCCUUCACCGUUAUUAGCCCCAUCGACAUCAAUCGUCCAGAAUAUCAAGUUCAAGUCGAAAGCAGCGUAGAGAAAACAUUAUGUUGUUGGUUGUGUACAUCAGGACCUAUUUCAAUCACAUCUAGAACAGAUAGACGAGGAUAUUGUCCUGGUGAAUCCAUUGCUAUCUCGGCAGAAUUUGAUAAUCAUUCAUCUCGUACUGUGAUCCCCUAUGCCACAUUGUACCAGUCACAAACUUUUUUUGCCAGUGGUAAGUCCCGUGUCAGACGCACCAAGUUCACCGUCCUCACUGGUCUUCCAGUAGCUCCAGGCACAAGAGGAUCAUGGGACUCUCAGCUGUUAAAGAUCCCUGCAGUGACUCCAUCCAUCAUCAACUGUUGUGUCAUGAAAGUAGACUACUAUGUCAAGGUUGCUUUACAUAUAAAUGGUGCCUACAAUUUAACAAUGCAUUUGCCUGUUGUGAUUGGCACUGUGCCUUUCAGACAAGCUCCCAGCUACCGUUACACGGACUCUCGCUACUACAGAGAAACUCAGGCUCAGUUUGCUUCUGUCAGCCUGCUGCCAGUACCCCCACCCUACAGAGAAAUGAUCACGCCACCACCUCCAUUUGAUGAACCUCCUACGUAUGCAGAGAGCAUCAGUGGUGCUGUUAAUUUAGAUGAUGAUGAUGACGACAAUGAGGCACCGGGAGUAAACAUGGGAGACCUGACCUAUACACCUAUGUAUCGCUAUGUCUACAACUAUAGACCACCCCCAGCUUAUCAUGAAACUGACUCAAAUGGGCUUUCUAAUCUAGAGCACAUAUCACUCACAGUUUGCAGUGACGAUGAUUCGUGAUGAACUCUUUGUUACCACAAGAACAUAACAGGAUUGCUAGACUGUAUGGUAAACAUUUGGUACAAAUUAAAAGAGGACUCAGUCACACAUCUGUACUUCUGUACCCCAGCAGUCAUAUUUAUUUACAAUACCCAUUUCUAACAAAAUAACAGACCCAAUGUUUUCAAGAAACAGAAAAUAAUCUUUUAUGAUAAACUUUUUAUCUAAAAUGUUUGUUAUAAACCAUUACAUACUUUACAUUGGCGUGCUUCUUUUAAUAAAUCUCAACAUGACAAAAAUAAUAGAAGCAAAAUAAUAAUUUUACGCCUCAGGCCCCACCUCCUCCUUUUAUUUUUUUAUUUUAUUUUCAGAUUUUGUAUUAUUACCAAACAAAGAUGUCCAUCUAUAAUAAAUUUUCUAAACAAAUUGUACAAAGUGUAUUCUAAUAACAUUUGUUAUUAUUUAUUUAUUAUUUAGUGUAACAAAUUGCAGCUCAAAUGUUUAAACUGUUUCAACAGAAAUACAUUUACUAGUAUAUGAUCAAUACUAUCUUAAUUAUUAGACCCAGAGAAAAACAACA